GUGUGUUUUUCUUUGUUCAGUAUGUAUUUGAGUUUUACGGAAAGAAGGCGACUUGCAAAUAUUUAAAAUAAAUUUAAGAAAAAUGUCUACACAAACUGCCAUGGUAUGCAUGAAAUGUAAAGAAGUUUUAAACAGUCAGGACGACAUUUUUGGCACAAGUUGUGGACAUUUGUAUCAUUUUCUUUGCUUGCGUGAAUGUCACGGCCGAUCAACCAAUUGUUCACAUUGUGAAUCAUACAAGCCAUGUAUGUAUAAAAUGUUUUUAGAAUUUGGUGAAGUUCCCAUAUCUUGGGAGGACCAAACAAAAACAAUUGAACUUCAUAAUGAGCUGGAAGAUGCAAAGCUACGAUUGGUUAAUGUUGAGGAGAAGCACAAGCUUUCACAAGUGUCGGUGCAAAAACUUGAAGGAACAUUAAAAAAGCUGAAUGAUGCUCUGAAAUGUCGAGAUAUUACAGUGUCGGAUUUGGAGGAUCGUAUAGCAACGCUUGAGGAAUUAAAUAAGUUUUUAUCGACAGAAGUUGAAUUGAAGGAAAGAAGUAAUGGCAACAAUAACAAUGUAGAAAAAUUGGAAGAACAAAGCAUGGAACUGUCGAAAAAUCAAAUAAAAAAGAUUAAUAACAAAAAAAUACAGCAUUUGUCGGAAGAGUUGGAAAAUGAAAUUGCCAAAAAUGCCCAAUUAACUAAAGACAAUCUUAAAUUGAAAGCAUUUAUAAAUCUAACAAAUAAUGGAAAUGAUAAGAGUAUAAUAGAUAUUCCAGCAGAUGCUUCUGUUGAAAAUCAAAAUGAAAACUGUGAAGAUUUCAUAGAACACUGCGAUGAAUCCGAAGAAAUCGAAAUCGUCAAAGAACCAUCAGGCUCCAACGAAAAUACCGAAGACAAAAUAGUUGAAGAAAACGAUGAACAAUCAUUAUCAUGCAAUCAAGAAAGCACAACCGAAUCCCAUACAGUUUUAAUACGUAAUUUCCGUGUCAAAGAUUUAAAAACACCUUUAGAAAAUGUUGUCAUUGCAAUAGCUUCCCAAAUGAAUUUACAAUUAUCAGCUUCAGAAAUUACCAGAGUGAUUACAAUUAAUAAUAAUAGAAAUUAUACAUCCUUAAAUGUAGGAUUUGAAAAUAUCCAGACAAAACAGAAUUUUCUUAAGUAUAAAAAUCGUUUAAAAAAAUCUAAAUUCACAAGAUAUUUAGAUAUUCAAUAAGAAUUAAAUUAUGUAAAAAU